GGCAGGAGGCGUCGCCAGGGCGCAGGUGAAACCGAUUCCGGCCUCUCCCGGGAACUCUCGCCGCCGGGACUCCCGGCGAGGGGCCCCGCAGCCAGCCGCCCUCUCCCACCCGGGCUGCGCGCGGGGACUCCGCCGGGGGGCUUCUCCCCCCCGAGAUCCGCGGCCCUUUGGCGCGCUCGGGGCUGCCAGCCGCGCCGGCGUCUGCGGCUGAUGGAGGCGGUGGCGCCGCCCCGAGUGCAGGUGACACUGGCCAGGCCGAGGUUUCGGCGGGCGGGAGAGCGACGGACACUCGGGGACCCGGGGGCGACCAGGCAGCGAUGGCCCGGGAGUUGAGCCAGGAGGCACUGCUGGACUUUCUGUGCCAGGCCGGGGGCCGAGUGACCAACGCCGCCUUGCUGAGCCACUUCAAGAGCUUCCUCCGCGACCCGGGCGCGUCCCCCGGCCAGCACCAGCGCCGCCGCGAGCUCUUCAAGGGCUUCGUCAACUCGGUCGCCGCAGUGCGCCAGGACCCCGACGGCACCAAGUACGUGGUUCUCAAGAAGAGGUACAGGGACCUUUUGGGCGAGGAGGGGCUGCAGCGACCCCGAGACCCGCCCGCGGCCGCCGCCCCUGCAGGGGGAGCUGCGCCCUGCUCCCCGCCCGCCGCGCGCCCGGGGGAGGCGCCGCGCCAGCCUCGGCGGCGGCGGGGGAAGGAGCGGGAGGAGGAGCCAGCAGGUGCCGCAUCCCCGGCGGCUGAUCCAGGUUGCAAUGGACUCUCCGCCAGCGGCUCCCGGGAGGCGGCCCGGGUAGGCGGCGGCCGAAGACGCGGCUCCUACCCCAGGGCGCCGGUGUCCGCGGUUGCGGCGGCAGCUGCCCAGGUCGGAGCGAAAUGCGCAGCGCCGUAUACCCAGGUCCGCUGCUGCUGGGAAUGUCUCCAGAACGGCCUGGGGGGACUCCCGGGCGAGCCGCCGGCGGUCCAUCCACCGACCCCGUCCACCGUUCGGGAGGAGUCGGCGCGGGCUUCCCCUGCCCCAUAUGACCUCAGGGUUCCCAGCCAGCAGCUGGAGACGCUCCCCCCCGAGCCCGCGCCGGUACCCGCCGCGCCCCUCUCGCCUCCUCCAACCGUCGAGGCUACUGGGAGCGGGGCUUCCCCGCCUGCCCUCCUGUCCCGCUGUCCUCCUCCCGGAGACCGGCCGGAGCUGAUGACCCCGGGCGACCUCCAUCAUUCCAGGCAGCAGCUGCAGCAGCAACACCAGCAGCAGCGCACUCGGGAAUGGGUGGCCAGACAUCCCCACGCGCCCGAGGCCCGGGACCAGGGCCCCACCAGAGCCUGGUCAGUGCUGCCGGAGAACUUCCCCUUGGAGCUGGGCUUCGGGGUCCCAGAACCUAACUCAGCGCCCGUAGACCCUCCCGUUUCCCCUCAUUCUCUCUCUCCUGCUGCUCCGGAGGCCUGGCCCGGGAACCCGCCCUUGGCAGUCUUUCGCAGCAUUCGUUCUCAGCUGUCCCUCCAAGAACUGGAUGACUUUGUGGACCAGAACAGUCACAGCAGCGAGGAGAGCAGCAGUGGGCCCAAAGAGUCCCCUGGGGGUUCUGAAGAGGGGCUGCACAUCGCCCUAGGAACCCCAGAUCGGAGAAAGCUCAGGAAUUCAGCUGGCGGCCUUUCUCCGAAGGAGGGCGACUGCAGCGGGAGCCCUCAGGGCCUCAGAAACCGAGGGGAUGGGCACGCCCCUCAGCAGGUUCCACCUGGGGCGAAUGGUCUCGCGGGCCAGCCCCAGGAGCCCUUGCCCUGGCCAGCUCCCAGGUUAAGGAGAUCCCUCAGGGUGAGCUCUCUGGCAGGGAGAGCCGCAUUGUACUCCUCCGAUGAGGAGUGUCUUGAGGAGGACUUGCUGAAAAGGAGCCGGCGCCCACCACGGUCCAGGAGACCCUCCAAGGCAGGAGCAGCGUCCAGCCCCAGGGUGGAUGCUGCGUUGACACCGAACCCUGCUGAUAUGAAGGCUGCUGUUGCUGCCAGGGGUCGGCUACACAGCGUGUGCGCCCCCGGUAGGCAGGCGCCUGCAGCCUUGGUCCCGCACAGACCCGAGCACAAGCCGUCUCUGGUGCCCCUGGAUGCCAGGGAGCAUGAAUGGAUGGUGAAGCUUGCCACAGGCUCUUGGAUUCGCGUGUUGACUUUGUUUUGGGAGGAUCCUCAGCUGGCUUUGCACAGGGACUUCUUGACUGGGUACACGGCUUUGCACUGGAUAGCCAAACAUGGCGACCUCAGGGCCCUGCAGGACUUUGUGGGGAGUGCCCAGAAGGCAGGGGUUGCUCUUGAUGUGAAUGCGAAGUCCAGUGGUGGGUAUACCCCUCUGCACCUUGCAGCCAUUCAUGGCCACCAGGGGGUCAUGAAAUUGCUGGUGGAAAGGCUGGCUUCGCGGGUGAAUGUCCGAGACAGCAGUGGGAAGAAGCCUUGGCAGUAUCUGACCCGCAAUACCUCUGGGGAAAUAUGGCAGCUCCUGGGAGGCCCUCGGGGCAAGCCUAUUUUUCCUGUCUAUCCCUUAGUCCGAAGCUCUUCCCCCACCAGGAAGGCCAAGAGCCGGGAAAUAUCUAGACAUAUCACCCGAAAGACUUCCCUUGCUGCACUACUCAAGAGUCAGCACCACAAGUGGAAAUCGGCCAACCAGUAUGAGAAAUUCCCCACUCCCAAGGAAAGAGAAGAGUACAGUGACUAAGGUGGACCCCUGUCUCCCACAUGCAGCCACUGCACCUCCAUCCUUGAGCUAGUCGGUGAGAGAAUUCAGGGGGAACAGAAAAACUGCCAAGGAGUUGGUAAAGAGAGAGAUCCAGUGAGACGGGCCUACCUAGUGUUUACCUGCCUGGAUUUUUUGUCAGCACAUCGUGGAUCUCAGGGGUUAUUCAAGCUUCCAACAGCUCAAGUCCUGGGGCCAGUGAGACCUGUACAAGGGGCAGAGCCACGUGCUUAAAAGCAGCAGGUGUUCUUCCUCUUCCCUGUCACCUCUGAGCACAGUGAGCCGCAUUGUUCUCUGUAGCAGCAGUACCAGGCCUUGGCUAGCGGGGACAGCUGUCUCACAAGAAGGAGGCACUUCCAGGAAUUGACAAAGCUCAAACAGAAUCCUCUCUGGCUGGUAGUUAGUUCUCUGGCUUCUCUUCAUUUGGAGAAUAAUUUGGCUGAGAGUGGAAAGCUCCAGAUUUGAAAUCAGAUGGCCCCUCUUUUCUUUUUUUUAAUUCUUUUUAAAAAUCUUUUUUCAUUCUUUUUCCCUCCCUCCCUCCCUCCCUCCCUCCCUCCAUAACUGCUUUCCUCCCUCCUCCUUUUCCCAUUCAAACCAGUGAAAUAAACUUAUUACCAGAGAGUAGAAUUUGAUUUAAGAGAUUCCUCAGCUCUGUCCUGGUUUUCCUUUGGAAGCUAAUGCAUGAAAUGGUUAGUGCCUCCUCUGGGUUUCUUCUCCACGAUCAGAGAAGUUGUUGGGGAAGAGCCAGUUAUGACUGAUAUUCAGGCCCUGUUUUUUUGUUUGUUUGUGCGUUUAAAUUGACCUAAGGGAAACUUUCCAAAUGUAAACACUGUUGGCUCAUUUGCCAAGUGACUGAAACCAGCUUUCAUGGAAACUCCCUAUGUUACAGACAGCAGAAUUAGCAUUAGUAGUUUUCGGUAGGUUUGAAUGGCCAGUGUUCAUACUCAUGAAAGGAAAAAACUGAUUUCUCUUUGGGGAAGCAGUGAGGGUUAAGAGGUAAACACCUCCCUACCAGGAAUUUUCAAAGCUGCUAAAUAUAAUUUUAUUUGCACUGAACUUGUUGCCAAUUAAGAUUAAAUAUUAGCCUGAAGUGCUGUUUCUAACAGGAAGCACUCCUUUUAAUCACUUGUGACAGGACUGAUCUUUGCGGAUCCAUGAAAUGAGAACAUCAAGAUUUCGGAAUAUAAAUUCAAAGAGGGCUGAAAAAUGAAAUGUCUAAGUAGAAAUUGUUAAUUUUUUAUGGAAAUGUUUUAAUGUGCUGUGGCAAUGAUGCUGUAUUUUAAAAGUAUUUUUGUAUUUCUUCUGGUUAUCUCCCCCCCAUUAAAAUUGAAAUAUCAACAAAUCUUUAUAAUUUAUUAUAUUUGUGCUGAUUACUGUUAACUUUCUUCUUUACAAAAUUGUGUCUCAGUGAAUGUCAAGUAUUUUUUGUUUGUAGUUUUACUUUAUCAUUGUGCUGAAAUAAAUAUAUCUCUGUUCUAUUAUAAACCA